GUCAAAAAUCAAUAAUUUAACCAAAGUGGUAUCAAUAACAAACUUAUAAAAAUGUAGCUAAGUAUAUGUUGGAUUUUAUUAAUCGUUUUGUUAAACUUGAUGUAAGUACUCAAUAUUUUACAAUCUGUUGAUAUUAAUGUCCCAAGUAUGGUUUUAAAGGAUCAUAUCGAAUUGGCAAAUUUUGUCAAAAAUGUACAUGAGGAACUCAGAGAAAAAUCAAAGUUGAUUGGAGUUGAAGCUGCAUGGAACCAACAUUGCCAAAAUACAGAAAAGUUAAAACAGUAUGCAGCCGCCAUGAAAGAACUAGCCACCAAUCAUUGGCAGAACUCUUCUAAAGAUGGUGAAAAUAUUUCAAGAAUUUCAUGGGUGUAUAGAGCUUGUUUGGAUUACUUUAAUAAAGAUAUUUUAGUACUUCGAAAUAAAGAGAUGAACAUAAUGAAAAAACUAAAUGUAAAUGGAUGUAAUAGCUUUCAAACAAUUGCAAAAAACAGAUGGAAUUUACUAGAUGUUGGUAGUUGUUAUAAUCCAUUCCAGGUUUUUGAAGAGUUUAUUGUUACAGCUCUAGAUAUUGCACCUGCUUUAAACAGUGUUUUCAAAUGUGAUUUUAUUAAUGUUAAAGCUGAUCAGAAAUUAAAUUCAGAAAAUAAUGAAAUUACAGUACUCCCAAAAGACUAUUUUGACAUUAUAGUAUUCAGUUUAUUUUUAGAAUACUUACCUUCUCCUCCACAAAGAAAAUUGUGUUGUGAAAAAGCCUAUGAACUUCUGACCCCAGAAGGUAUUUUAAUAAUAAUUACACCAGAUUCAAAUCAUGUAGGGUCAAAUGCAAAAUAUGUAAAAUCUUGGAGAUUUGUUUUAGCAAACAUGGGAUUUUCAAGAAUAAAAUAUGAGAAGUUGAAACACAUUCACUGUAUGGUAUUUCGCAAAGUUCCUGUAAAAGGUAUUACUCAAAGAUGGGCUGAAAUUCACAAAGCAGGACAAGCUUUUGGUGAAAUUUAUAUUCCACAAGAUUUUAAAAAGAAACCACAACAGUCAGAGAGUUUUAAUAAUGUAAAAGAACUUACAGUAGAAGAUAUAGUGACUUUAAGUAAUGAACUACCAUUUUGUGAUACUUUUGAUUAGAAUGUUUAAAACAGAGAAAGAAAGAAACACAACUUUAAAAGCAAGGCUACUUUUAAUUUUAAAAUGUUUUACUAUAAGAUGAAGCACUUAAUAAAGGCAAACAAAUUUUAAGAAACAUCAAGAGAAAUGCAAAAAAUAUCAAAUUUAUGAUGUACUGAUAAUUUUAAUAAACA